AGAUGUAGCUGCAGCUUUGAGAGGAGGGAGGAAGGGUUUGAACACACUGCAGAGGGAGUGCAGCUAUGGGGAACACACAGGAGAAACCUCCAGGUGGAGGAGGGGGAGCUACAUCGGAUACGGGAACGAGAAGUUGGAAUACAGGGAGCAACGCAGAAAAGCCCCAGACUCAGAGAGCUCCAGAGAAGGGGCUUGCCAACGGCACUCAGGGGCAAAACAGCCCCACUGCUGGACAAGGGGAGCAGGACAGCCCUGCAGUGGACACAAAUUACCUGGAUGCCCCUGCUGGAGCCCUUCCUCCUCACCUGGCCCGGCUCAAGAAUGAGGGAAACCACCUCUUCAAGCAUGGUCAGUUUGGAGACGCCUUGGAGAAGUACACUCAGGCCAUUGAUGAAUGUGCUGAAGCAGGCAUUGAUAGUCCAGAAGACCUGUGUAUUCUCUACUCCAACAGAGCCGCCUGUUACCUGAAGGAUGGAAGUAGCACCGACUGCAUAAAUGACUGCACCAAGGCUUUGGAGCUGCAGCCCUACUCCUUGAAGCCCCUGUUGCGCAGAGCUAUGGCUUAUGAGUCACUGGAGCGCUACAGAAAGGCCUAUGUGGAUUAUAAGACUGUGCUGCAGCUGGACACCGGGGUUCAGGCAGCACAUGACAGCGUCCACAGGAUCACCAAGAUGCUGAUCAAGCAGGACGGGCCUGGUUGGAGAGAGAAGCUUCCAGAAAUUCCCAUCGUCCCUCUGUCUGUCCAGCAGCAACACAGACAGAAACCAAUCAGCAUCGAGCUGGCCCAGGCCCGAGCCGCCAGAGCUGCACAAGAGGAAGCCAGAAGGAAAGCAGCCCACUUUACGUUGUUGAAAAAGGAAGGCAAUGAUCUGGUCAAGAAAGGACACUUCCGAGUGGCUCUGGAAAAGUACAGUGAAUGUCUUGUCCUCAAACCUGAUGAAUGUGCUCUCUACACAAACAGAGCCAUUUGCCUACUGAAACUAAGUCGCUUUGAAGAGGCCAAACAGGACUGUGACUCUGCUCUGCAGCUGGAGCCGGGCAACAAGAAAGCCUUCUACAGACGGGCCCUGGCUUAUAAAGGUUUACAGGACUACCUGUCUGCCAGCAGUGACCUCCAGGAAGUCCUCCAGCUGGACCCAAAUGUUCAGGAGGCUGAGCAGGAGCUUGAGGUGGUGACAGGUUUGUUGAGACAAAGCCUGAUGGACAACGUGACACACACACCACAGGCGUGAUGGCUCUUUGUGGACUGGGGUAGAAGAAUGAAACAGGUAUGGACACUGUACUGUAGCAGUUCUGGAGGAAAAGGACUUUUAAAGCCAUAGAGUAAGUAAGAACUUUAAAACAUGGAAGUGACUAACAUUGACUUUUAGGAUGAGCUCCUCGGACAACCAGUGUUUCAGCUCUGCACCACCGGCAAUGUGUGCAAACCACACCAUAACACCUGAGUACACAACCUUACAUAAUGGACAGCUUUGUUUAGAAAGGCUUAUCUCAAGGUACUUGUUACCUGCUUGCACUAUACUGUAAAUCAUUUGUUACAAUAUUAAUGUACAGAUUCUUGUAAUGAUAAUGUGGAAGGAGAGGGUCUAAUGUGUGCCUUAUUGAAACUUCAGCACAGCUAGGAUGACAGAUUAAAAGUUGUGUUUUGAUUGGGUUUUAAAGCUGUUGUGUGUGGCGCCAAAAUGAUUCACUGAGCUUAUGGCAGGAGAACUAAUUCAAACACAUUAUGUGUUGGAGGUACAGGUUAUGUGUAAUUGUAUGUGGAAAUAAGAGAGGCCCGAAAUACCUUUAAAAACAUCCAAAGGUUAUAAAUCCAGAAAAAUGUUGCACAUUUCUACAGGUAAAGUACCUCCAUAGUGAAGCAUCAUGCCCUAACUUUAAAUUUAAGAUGGUAAAAUAAUGAAUUUCCAGUUAAAAAUAUCCAAAAAGUCUUGUUAUAAGGUGUCUUAUCACUGGUUUUAGAUAAAUAUCCAGCUACCUAAGGUAGGGUUAGAGGUAAUCACGUACUGUAAGAUUUACUUUUGGUCUCAGGUUCAAGUUUGAAUGCAGCCAGGAUAACUGUGUGUUGUUGUGCAUGUAUAAGAGUUUAAGUUUCACACGUCUCCCGCUGCAUCUGUCACAACUCAUGUUCACAUCUUUGCUGCAGCAAGGAGCUUAGAAAAUACAUGCGCUAUUAGUUUGAUUAAAGGGCCUUUACGUGGAUUUCAUUUCUUUCUGUAACACUCAAAAACGUAAAAUAUUUGUAUAGCACAAUAUGCAACAAUUAUUUCGCUUGUACUUUGCAGUAUUGGUGUAUUAAUUCGGUUUGUCCAACAUAUGACCUUGGUUAAUUCCUUUUUUUCCCUUGUUUUCUACUGAAUGCUUUGAGGCUUAAGCGUUACAAAUUAUGUGUCGCUUCACAAAAUGUAAGAGCAUGUACUGUAUGUAAAUAAACUCUGUGAACGCUUUAAUGUGCCUUUCUCCAAGUUCAUAAUAAGGCACUUUUACCCCCUUUGUGUAGAACGAAUAUGUCCGUCACUAAAGCUGCUCAAUGGUCACAACAGUAACUGUACAGUGUGACUGACUGCACCACAACAUGACAAUCAAAAUCAUUUCCAUGUCAAAAUGUACAGACAGCAAAGCCUGAUUGAGAAUUUUAUUUAAUGAUAUGCAUUAAAUGCAAAUAAUAAAGCAAACAAUCAGGAAAUACAUUUUAUAAAUGGUAAUUCUUUUGUCCCAGUUAGAAAACAGACCUGGCAUUAGUCUUCAAAUAAUAACAUAAAACUCAGAGAAAUCAAACCUUUGUUUUCCCAUUGAGGGACCAUCAGUCUCUGAUGACCAACUCAUUACUCUGAGAUGAUUGAUGCAGAGUCUAGCUGGUUGAGAAAGAGAAAUCUGGUCAAUGAACUACAGCUUCUGAAAGAAAGAUGUAUCAUUGCACUCAGAUGCUGAUCACUUUGAAUAAAAAAAAUCAUUAGAACAGAGCUGACCAACAACACAGGGGAACUGACUUCAGCCAAAAAGUGACUUAAACGCAAACAUUUUGUUCUUCAGUUUGCAGGGACCGCCCCAGAUUUAGGUUUAGUCCAAUGCUGCGCUGCCACGGCAUAAUAACUCCAUUAACACUUCUGUCAAGUGUUCUAGUUUUAACUGCAGUGGCCUGAAAGCAGUCUUUGGUAGGCCACACCAGCAAUGCAGAGGCCGAGUAUUUAGCAUCUGGUUUCAUGCAUGUUAUAAGGCCAACACAAUUCAUUCUCUUGAUUUUUAUGUUUACCAUUUGAA